AUGGCUGAUCCUGGAUUCAUCUCUGGAAUGAUUGGUUUCGCCAUUCAAUUGGCUGCAAGUCGGGUUACUCGAGACAUCAACGUUGCCAUCAGAUGCAGGAAAGAGUUGGACACCCUCAAAGUCCUGCUGCUCAAAAUUCAAUCAAUGAACAUGGAAAUGCAACAAUAUAGAAAAGCCUUAAACUCUGGCAGAUUGACUACAUCCCCUCACCACACGUUGCCCUCCACGGUCAACAGCUGGUUGGAGGAAUUGAAUGCUCUUCUGGAGGAAGCAUCUGAUUUGGCCCAGCACUGCACUGUACCCUCAUAUUCUCAUCUCUUUUCUCGCUAUAGAACAAGCAAAAAGAUCAGGCGACUCAUUGAGAAUGUGGAAAAGCAUGUAGCCUCCACGCCUUCCAUUGCCUCUUUGCACCAAAUGCAGCAGCAGGUGACAAAUCAACAAGUGCUUGAGCAAAUUAAAGAGAAGGUGGAUUCUCUUAAUCUGCGUACCUCAGCAUUUGCCUGUACAUCUGGAGAUCCCAUUCCAUCCACUUCUUCAGCCAGUCCUAACAAGAAGUAUGUUGAGGAGGCACUUAUUGUCGGACAAGAUUCUGCAUCAAACAGACUUGUGGAGCUGAUUCAUUCACAGCAGCACAAAAACGUUUCUCGUUUCGGCCUUGCUGGGAAAGGCGGGGCCGGUAAGACUCUACUACUUAAACGAGUCUUCAACAGUGACCAGGUACAGAGUCUCUUUUGCACUGACUUGAUGCUUUGGCUUACUAUUUCACAAAAUCCAUCUUUCAGUACCCUUAGAAAUGAUCUUGUGAAACAAAUAGCUCUUAAAGUAAAUGAAAUAUUGGACAGUAGAGAUGAAGACCGUGUGAAAACUUGGCUAAAUGAAACCAUGAGAAAACACAAGUUUGCCCUGUUUUUAGACGAUGUUUGGGAAACAAGUGCAACAUCCUUGUUAGAGGAGUUGUGUGUUCCUCACUCUCCACUCCACAACUCCAACAUCAUCAUUGCCACUUCCAGAAGUAAUAGUGUGCUCUCACAGUUGGGUGUUCCACGUCCAUCAAUCAACCAAAUGCAAGACUUGAGUGAGGAUGACAGCUGGAGAUUGUUUUCUUCCCAUGCUUUUUUACACAGCGAGGGAGUUUUGCCUAUGAGCAUCGACCAAGAAAUAGCGAGGCGUGUAUGCAACGAGUGCGGGGGUCUUCCCUUGGCCCUUAAAGUAGUCAGGCAGGCAAUGGCGGGAAUCACACAGUCAAAUGAAUGGGAAUUGGCAGUCAAGAGAUUGCAGAAUGAUGUUACAAACUCGCUAUAUGGAAAGUUGAGACUAAGUUACGUUGCUUUGGCCGAUCUGGCUGGCUAUGGCAUUUCCUUGCAGUUGUGCUUUCUCUGCCUCGCUGCUUACCCUGAAGACAGUAUCAUAUCUUCUACAUAUGCUACUGCCUACUGGAUUGGAGAAGGGUUGGUAGCUGGUCCGGAUCCUUUCAAAAUUGGAGAGAUGUACAUCAACUUGUUAGCUGACCGAUGCCUUAUUGAACCGGUGAAGAAGAAUUAUGAGGGAAGAGUGCUCUGUUUCAGGAUGCAUGAUGUUUUGCACGAUUUGGCACAGCAAUUCGCUGCGAAGGAAGAAAAGUGCUUCUUUCAGGCAGGCAGAGGUUUACGACAGUUUCCAGUGGACGUCUCUUCAGGAUACAUCAGAAUUUCAUUAAUAGACAACAGUUUGAGUAGUGUUCCAAGGACAUUCAGAGCUUCGCAUAUCCGCUCCUUGCUACUGGCUGGUAAUACUUCUUUGGCGGAUAUUUCAAAAGAGGUAAUUGGAAAUAUGACCUCUCUCAGAGUCCUGGAUUUGUCAAGGACUGCCCUCCUGUCGUUGCCAAAAAACAUAGGAAUUUUGAAACAUUUAGUUUGCCUCAAGUUACCCUAUGUGCCAAUCAAGAGACUGCCCAACUCUGUCGCUGCUCUAAGAAGCCUUCAAAUAUUAGAUCUUCAAGGAUCUGAUAUUGCACAACUCCCAGCUGGCAUUUCUAAGUUGACUUCCCUAAAACUUUUAGACGUUGCUUUCUGUGAGCAUCUGCAGUGCAUGCCUUAUGGAAUUGCAGACCUCACGUCUUUGGAGUACCUGAAUGCAAGUAAUUCUCCAAAUAUAGGGUGGAAUAAGUGCAGAAGAAAUCGGCUUUCAAUUAGUCACCUGGGUAACCUGAACCAACUCAGAAGGUUGGGGUUUCAAAACAAUGGUGAAAUAAUUGGAGAAGGAAUUCUUGGAACCAUGAAACAGAUGGAGUAUCUAUAUUUUCACCUCACAGAUAUGGAAAGCCUGCCCCAUGACAUGACUGCCAUGGCAAAACUGAGAGAACUCUGUCUAAUAUGUCCUCAUUUACUAAAGAUAGAGAAUUCAAUUUGUGAAUUUCGACAUCUAAGCUUCAUUAAGUUGAUUCAAUGUGACAUGCUGAAACAACUACCUGCCUUGCACAAACUUCCGAGUCUAAAGCACCUAGACAUAGUCAAUUGCCCUAACAUAGAGAAGUUCCCAGAAGUAUUUGGCAAGGGUGGAGCAUUUCCUAAGCUUGAAGUAUUUUCAGUGGUGGACAUGAUGAAGUUAGAGCAGCUGCCAGUGGUGGAAGGAGGAGCACUGCCUUCACUUAAAACAUUAACAAUAAUGAAGUGUGAGGCAUUGCAGAGGUUACCAGAGUGUUACUGGAAUUUGAAGAGUGUAGAAAAGAUAAGAGUGUAUGGUUGUUCAAAGGUUCAACAUGUUAUGGCAGAGGAAGAAAACUUUAUUAAGACAAAGACGAAAGUUCAAACAAUAAGAGUAUCUACCACAGAAAUUCAAGCAUUAGAAGUACGUUACUUUGAUAUGUGUCAUCGGGGUGAACAUUUUUACUAUGGCAAAUUUUGGUGUAAUGAGGUGUUCCGCUUUUUGGAAUUUGCUAUGAAUAUGACCACAAAAUUUUAG